GCAACGCUGAACCAUCUGAUGUUGCUCGCUGAAUAGCUUUUAAAAGAGGAAGAAGAAAUGAAAUCACAGAAAGUUCAAUUGAAAAAUGCCGGAGACUUUUAUAACAAGUAAAAUGAAAACGAAAGCUGGUGUAGUCGAAGCCGAUAAAGAAGCAGACCUUGAAAAAAAAGAAGUUGCGACGCUUACCAAACCGACUAGUGUGGUUAAAUAUAAUUUGACAAACUUCCGUUUACAACGCAUUCUUAAUAAUAAUACGCGGAAUAAAAGUAUAGCUUUAUUGGGCUGCUUUCCAGAGCAAUCUGACGCUGAUAAAGCCGUAGUUAUAUUUGAGAAACAAGCCUUUCGCGAAAGCGAGGUUGCUACUGAAUCAGACCAAUCUGGAAAACAAUUAUUAGAAAAAAAUUGCGAGAAUAAUGUAAAAGACACUUCUCUGAUGUCAUAUUUUUGCAGCGAUUUAAAAGUUCAAACAGAAUUCAUUAACGAUAUUUAUGGAAGUUAUCAAUGCGUUCCUCCAGUUGAACUCAGUGGUGUAAAAACUACUGUAAUUUAUCCUGCCUCACAAAAGCACAUUGAAAAAUAUACCGUUUGCCAGAAAUACAUAAUAAGUGAAUCCCCCGAACUUUACGAAGAGAUUACAUUGCCCUACAUAAGCACUAGCCAACAUUCAUUGGAGUGGGUAUACAAUAUUCUCGAUCACAAGCAAGAAGUGGAACGCAUUGUUUAUGAGGAUCCCGACCCAGAAACCGGUUUCAUUUUGUUACCUGAUCUAAAAUGGGAUGGUCGCACGUUAGAAACCUUAUAUCUUUUGGCCAUUAGCCACAAACGUGAUAUUAAAUCGAUGCGUGAUCUUAAUGCUCAACAUUUACCAUUACUGCGUAAUAUUCGUUUACGGGCAGCAGAGGUUAUUGAAAAACGUUAUGGAUUACUGUCUGCACAAUUGCGCAUGUACUUGCAUUAUCAACCCAGUUUCUAUCAUUUGCAUGUACAUAUUAAUCCAAUACGUCAUGAUGCUCCCGGUAUUUGGUGUGAAAAAUCUCAUAUGCUUGAUACGGUCAUGAAUAAUUUGGAGUUAAUUGAAAAUUAUUAUCAAAAAGCUACUCUACCAUUUGUUUUACAUGAAGGUAACGAGCUCUUGGAGAAAUAUGAAUUAAAAAUGCUUAUACGUAGAGCACCCAAACAUUUAUCUGAAAAAUACAACGAGAAAGAUGAAACAAGCAGUAGCAAGAAACUGAAACUUGAUGAUGUAACUAUAAGUGAAGUUGUUAGCAAAUGAUGAAUAUAAAAACUAACAAUUUUAACAAAUUGUGCAUUAAAAGUAAAAUCAAAAAUUAAAAACAAAGU